AUGAUUAUUACCGUGCAAAGACCUCCUUCUCCUUUUCCUUCCUUGGAAGAUUGUCAACCAGUCCGAUUUCCGCCCAGUAAUUCAAGCAAUGUCGGAACAACAGAGGAGCACGGUUUAGAUACCAUAACAUUCGAUUUUCCGGCCAGACUAGGAAGCGAUACAAAGUCCAUACCUCAAUCUCUACUCGUUUUGAUCGCGCUUUUCGUCGUUCAUUAUCGGAGCACAGGUGUAGAAAAUGCUACCCUCGGUAUUCUUGAUGACAAUUCCAAGCAGUCUACGGUCCGAGUUCACAUAGAUUCUGAGACGCCCUUAUCCAAUAUCAAUGUAGUUCGGGACGCGACUCAAGGAGUUCAAACAUCAGGAAAACACGAUCUCCCGAAGAUCAUCAUUGUGUCAACUGGCGUUUCGAUCGAGAGCGAGCCUGCUAUUUCCUCCAAGUUGAAUAUGGAGUGGAGUAUCGACCUCGAGUGUCACGUAUCGUAUGAUAGCGCCCUCUAUUCUAGGACAGAGGUUCAAAAUAUAUGGGAAAAGGUUUUGGAUGUCAUGGUGGUUAGUUUGGAACAGCCGGAGCUUCCUGUAGGGGAAGUGCCCUUCCGCAAGGUUCGACAACAACUCGAGCGUUCCGGGAUCCCAAUAAAAUGCCCUCCGUCACCAUCAUACACAUUCACCACACUCUCAGACGCAUUUCAUCAUACCGUCAUCACGUAUCCCGACCAUGUUGCCAUAGUCAACGGGAAAACAUCCCUUACCUAUGCAGAGCUCGACUUUUACUCCUCUGCGUUGACGCACAAAAUUACUGGUGCUCUGGAUGGGAGAAAUGACUCUGGAUACAUUUCCUGGUGUCUACCGCCUUCGCCGUUGGCAAUUGUUGUCAUGUUUGCCAUCGUGAAGUACGGUGCGACGUAUGUCCCGUUAGACAUACGUCUCCCAUGUGCACGUCUCAAUUCCCUCAUUGCGGAUUCUGGAGCGUGUCUCCUAAUUACUUCCAACGACUCUCCGGACUUUUCCUUGGAUAACCCUGAACAAGUCGCGCGCUUGGACGUCACCAACUUCCUGAGAGAACAUACAUCCUAUUCAUCAACUUACCAAUCCCGUAGCAGGCCGGUAAUGAACAAGCUCGCAUAUGUGAUGUACACUUCCGGAAGCACCGGAAAGCCCAAAGGAGUGUGCAUCAGUCAAGAGUCAGUUCUUGCGCUUGUUUACGACCGAGGACGUUUUCCACUCGGACCGAACGAUCGAGUCGCGCAAAUUAAUAAUUUGGCGUGGGAUGGUAGUAUUUUUGAGGUUUGGUGCACUCUUCUCGCUGGCGCAACGCUCGUCUCGUUCAAUCGUUAUGACGUGCUCGAACCUGUCAUCCUCGCGAAGCAAUUCAAUACCCUCGACGUCCAAUGCACUUUCAUCACAACAUCAUUGUUCCGCCAGAUCUUGAACGUUGCUCCCGAUUUGUUUAAGCCGCUACGCACAUUGCUCGUUGGAGGCGAAUCGAUUGACUUUGACCAGUACCGCAAGUUGCACGCCGUCAAUCCCUUCGUAAAAUUGUUUAACAUGUAUGGUCCCACUGAGACGUGCUGUUAUACGACAUCUUACAUCGUUCCUAUGGAUGAUUUACCGACACAAGGGGUUGUACCAAUUGGGAUAGGGCUAGAACAUACCCAAUGCUUGGUUGUAGACUCUAAGAAUAGGCUUGUGCCACCGGGUAUCAUUGGCGAGCUUGUGAUAGGUGGAAGGGGCGUCGGAGCUGGGUAUCUUGAACGACGGAAGGAAACAACAGAACAUUUCGUUAAAAUGAGAUUCCCGGAGUUGGACCAACCCGGAGCUGUGUUUUAUCGGUCGGGCGACCUUGUGAGAUGGCUGCCUACCAGAGAAUUACAGUUUGAGGGCAGACUGAAGGCGGGGCAAGUGAAGAUUAGGGGACAACGGCUUGAAAUGACAGAGGUGGAAGCGGCUUGUGUUCGGAGUGGAUUAGUGACACAUGCCGCAGUCGCCUUCGUGAAGCCUACAGACGGACGGGAAGCGUACUUGGCCUCCUUUCUCGUCAGAAAACCCAUCCCGGAUGUAAAUGGAACACAAACAUUUCUUCCAACUCUUGGCCGUAUACUCAAGGUCCUCAGAUCAACGUUACCAUCGUAUAUGAUCCCGAGAGAUGUCCACUUUGUAGAGUCCCUCCCGCUAACAAGUAGCGGAAAACUCGACCGGCGUUCACUACAAGGAAUGGCUUUAGCAGCAGAUAGUCAAGAAACAGGAGUGCAUAAUGGUGAUUAUACAGACACGUACGUUGCCCCCCAAUCGGAGCUGGAACGCCACAUUUGUGGAAUCUUUGGCGAGAUUCUCCCAAAGUCUGGUGUUUUUGGUGCUACUUCAGACUUUUUUGAUGCCGGUGGGCACUCACUGCUGGCGAUGCGAUUGAAAUGGAGACUGCAACAGACAUUUCACGAUCAGAUGUCCAUGCAGGAUAUUUUUGCCGAGACGACACCCCGUAGACUUGCUGCGAGAAUUGAAGCGCUCAAGCAAAGCAGCCCCGAUAAAGUUGCCGUUGAUCUUCGGUCUUUUCCCCAAAUUGGUGAAGGUGAAUACAGACCGUUAACAUUGGGAGAGGCGAGGUUUUGGUAUGCCGCAAAGGUGGAUGGUCCCGACGAUCCAACCUUUUUUUGUCCACAUUGGCUUCAUAUGGACGGUUUUGUCGACGAAGACGUGUUGGAAAGAUCUAUCACAUUUAUGGUGGGACGACACGAAGUCUUCAGAACGGUAUUUCUGGAAGUCGAUGGCAUUCCCAGAGGAAAGAUAAUCGACUUUUUUGCCGGUAUGGAAAGGAUGGACGUGGAUCCCAACCUGGACCAGGAAGCUUUUGAAACACUCCUACGCGGGCAUGCCAUGAGACCCUUCAAGUUUGGAGAGGACGUCAUGUUUAGGGCUAUUCUGUUCCGCGUUAACGGAGGGGAGAAAAGCAUCCUGCUGUUCGCCCUACACCACAUGAUUACUGAUGGAUUCAGCAGGGACGUCAUCUUUAGAGAGGUUUCGGAAGCCUACAACGCUUUCAUCGACGAUAAAAAUCCUACUUUACCUCCAGUUCCCGUGCAAUACACUGCAUUUGCACAAUGGCACAAUACCAGCGAUUACGAACAAUUACUAGAGGCCCAAACACAGUAUUGGUCAAAGGAACUUCAAGGCGGUAAAGCGGCCGAUUUCCCACUCGAUUUCCCUCGACCUCAACCCAAAGAUACCAGUAGAGACGGCGGUCUAAUCUCCGUGGUUUGUACUUCUGAAAUGACACAUCAACUUGAAGUGCUAUGCAAGGAAGCCGGUAUCACCAUCUACAUUCUGCUGUUGACAGUCCUGCGAAUCGUUCACUAUCAGCUCACUGCAGAGACCGAUGCUUGCCUGGCAUCCUCAAUUGCAAACCGGACCCGUCCAGAAGCCGAGUCUUUAUGUGGAUACUUUGUCAACAACAUCGUUUAUCGUAUCAAACUAGAUGGGCAAAACACCGUUGGAGAUAUCUUGAAACAGGUUCGACAGCUUUAUUUGGGAGCACUAGCCAACCAAGAUGUACCCUUCUGGCCUCGUAUUGCAGAGAAACUCCGUUCUGACCCAACUAAACCGAUUUAUCGAACUGUGAUGGGCUAUCAUCGCUUUAACACGACGUCGCUCAAACUCGGCAACGACGUGUGUGCAAAAGCAUGGGACCUAGACUUACAAGCCGUUCGGUUCGAUUUCCAGGUCUUUUUCAACAGAGAGGGGGAUCAAAUAGUUGGGGACUUUCACUACCGGAAGGAUUUGUUCAAGGAAGCGACGGUGAAAGGCAUUGUUGACCGUUAUUUCCAUGUUCUACAGGUUCUCGCGGGGGGGCUGCAAGAGCGUGUAUUAGAGAUGUCAUUGAAUUCGGUUGUAAGGCUUUAA